GCAUGCAUAUGUGACCUUCAUGCUUUACUUAAUUCUUAGGUACAUGUCAGAUUUCUCUCUUUUAAUCUUAGUCUAUAUAACCCCCAUCUUUCUACAAAAUGGCUCGUUCUAGUUAAAUAUGUGAGCACCGCUCCCAGUUUGACACUUUGCAUAUCCUCAGUUCUUGGCGUGUCUGUAAAAAUACCUCAAUUCGCCUCGUCUUGAUCCUACGAUAUGUCAUCUUCAUCUUGUACGGGAGCCGCCAGAUUUCCACCUCUCACACCAUCAAGUGAUAAUCUUGACGCGGCUCAAAUUGUUCAAUACAAUUAUCUAGCAAAUAUAACAAAGGCUGUAUAUAAAAAUAGUAUUGUCACGGAAGAGGCAGAUGGAUCACUUCAAGGACCCUUCAACAUGUUGCUUUACACGCCCACGGUUGCACAGCCUUGGGUGAAUCUGCAACUAGCUGUCGCUGGCCUGCUAGUCCCAAGCGAGGCUGAAUGUGCCGUUCUCGGCGUUUUAUCAACCACCAAAUCCAAAUAUGGAAUUUAUGCGCACAAGAUCUUGGCUGAGAAAGCAGGUCUAACAGCUUCGCAAGUUGCAGCCAUGCUAGCGGGAGAUUGUCCGGCAAGCGUGACACCUCGUCAAGAAGCUGUCUAUGGCGUCGCUGUAAAACUAGCUCAGACUAGAGGUCCGUUGGAUAUGCCAUUAUUCAAAGCUGCCGAGGCGGUAUUGGGACAGGCGGGGAUUCUUGGGGCCAUUCAACAGUCUGCUGCGUUUAUGUAUGCUUCGAUGAUGUUGAAUGCUGGGGAUGUGUGUUUACCAUCGGGUGUGGAGGUUGAUGAAAAGAUGUGAUGGGUGGUUGAGCUGCUUUGCUUCUAUGAGAUUUGGCUGUUGUAGAGUACACGGGGCAAUUAUAUUGGUUAUUUAUAUGUAAAUCUAUAUAUAAGGACCAAUAAAGUUCCUAAGAAAUAUCAUAUGGUAGAAUAAACAACAUUCUUAAAGGCCUCAGAUAUCUCA